AUGGGAAAGUUGUUGCCUCUCGUGGCAGCGUUGAUUGCCGUUGCUAUAAUGGGGUCUGUGAUAUCGAGCGAUUCCACAACUGUUGCUGAUCUAGCUGCUGAAGUUGCGAAGGGGAAGAAGGUCACGGUUGUCGAUGUUAGAAGCCCUGGCGAGCUGGCAUUCAGACCGCCUCUUCCCGCCGCUCUCAAUAUUCCAGUCGGCCAAGUCGAGUCGAUGAUGUCCGCAGUCCCCAAGGAUGCUCCUGUUCAGGUCUAUUGUGCCUCUGGCAGGAGAUCAGGCUCGGCUGCGAAAGUUCUCCGUGAGCACGGCUAUGGUCCGGUGCUGAGCACAGCUAAUUGCGACAGUGCUAAGAAGAUCCUGGAUGAGGUCGAGAAGUUGGCUGAGGCAGAAGGGGUCACGGGGAAGACUCGAUAG